AUGCCCAGGUCCUUCCUGGUGAAGAGCAAGAAGGCGCACAGCUACCACCAGCCCCGCGCCCCCGACGGGGAGGGCAGCCUCAGCCUGGAGAGCGUCCUGGCCCAGAUCUGUGCAGACACCAAGGUGCCGGGGCAGAUGAAUCUGGGCCUCCCCGAGCCAGAGCCCGAGCCCGAGCCUGCCCAGGGCCGCUUCUCCCCGGAACCGCAGCUGCCCGAAGGGACGGACGGGGCCUCGGACUCGGCUCCCAGCUGCGAGGGCAGCUUGUGCGACCGAGCCGCGGAGCUGGAGGAUUUCUGGAGGCCGCCCUCUCCCUCUGCGUCUCCAGCUUCCGAACGUUCCAUCUGCCCCUCUUUGGAUGAGGCUUCUCCUUUUUCACUGCCCUUGAAACCCUAUGCAUGGAGUAGCCUGGGAGGUUCAGAGCUGAGACAUUUGGUACAGAACUACAGGCCCUGCCCAACACUGGAACGUAACUCAUCCCUUGGUCUCUUCUGCGAGCGGGGAUCUGAGCCCGCCCUCUACGGAACAGAGCACAGCUCAGCUCUGGCACUCUAUAGUGACUUUAGCUCCCCUGGACUCUUUGACCGGCCAGCAGCUACCCCCGGAAUCUAUGUAGAAGCCCCACCUGGACUCCAACAGGAGAAAAACACAAGCGGCAUCAAGCUGGAAUCAGAGCUGCUCUGUCGCCCUCUGUUGAUCAGCACUGGGUCCUACAAGUGUGUCAAAUGCAGUAAGGUCUUCUCCACUCCUCAUGGCCUGGAGGUGCAUGUUCGUCGCUCACAUAGUGGCACCCGACCCUUUGCUUGCGAGAUGUGUGGCAAGACCUUUGGCCACGCAGUUAGCUUGGAGCAGCAUAAAGCUGUGCAUUCACAGGAGCGCAGCUUUGACUGUAAAAUCUGUGGUAAGAGUUUCAAGAGAUCCUCCACCUUGUCCACCCACCUUCUCAUUCACUCAGAUACCCGGCCUUAUCCAUGCCAGUACUGUGGGAAGAGGUUCCACCAGAAAUCUGACAUGAAGAAGCAUACUUUUAUCCAUACAGGUGAGAAGCCCCACAAAUGCCAGGUGUGCGGCAAAGCUUUCAGCCAGAGUUCCAACCUCAUCACCCAUAGUCGUAAGCAUACCGGCUUCAAGCCUUUUGGCUGUGAUCUGUGUGGGAAAGGUUUCCAGAGAAAGGUGGAUUUGCGGAGACAUCGGGAGACACAGCACGGUCUGAAAUGAGA